AUGGCUUUUUGGCUAUACCCUCGUGUAUUCUCCAUCUCCGUUCACAUUUACGGCUUUUUCCUAUAUAGUCUUGUGGAUUUGGUUGUCAUCUCAAAAUCAUCUUGGACGGUCUAUUUUCUUCUCAAUCCCCUCGCUGCUGUAUUAUUACACCUAUUCUAUUCGUUCGAUCCGAUGGUUUCCAUUUGUUUACUCGACACUGAGUAAUCAAUGUCCGUGUGUAAUGGAUCUACUGUAGAAAAAAAGGCGAUAAAUGC